AUGAAAUCUUGGAACGUGGAAAACCCUGGAAAUUGGUUGACUAAUCCCCGAACUGCGCCACUGCAACGCAUUCUCGAUUCCGGCGCUUCCUCUUUCUAUCUCGAUCACCUCUCUCUCCUUACUGUCGCGGGUUUCGAGUUCAUAGAACCCAUCAGACAGAGAAAACAGCCCCCAUAUCCACAUUCUCAGCGCAAUCUCCCCAAGUCAGCACUAAGCCAGACACCUCCCGAGAACUCCACCUUCAAUUCCCACCAUACAAGCCCUCCACCCUCCUACCCCGCCCAGGCGCACGACGCUGGCCCCUACUACCCAAACUCCCCACCACCGCAAGGCCAAAGUCCCGGCGCCGCGAACGACUACUACGGUGGCGGCCAGCCCCAACAGCAGAGCUACUACCCACCCCAGCAAGGCUAUGGCCAGCCACAGCAGCAGGGCUAUUACCCCCAGGGCCAGCCGAUGUAUUACCCCCCGCAGCAGCAGGGCUACCCCCCUCAACAGCAGCAAGGUUACUAUGCCAAUGACCGCGGGAACUCCGGCGGUGGUGCAGGUGGUAUUUGCGCGGGUAUCAUGGCUGCCAUGGCUUGUUGCUGCUGUUUAGAUAUCUUGUUCUAG